AUGCUCCUGCGCUACGUGCGGGCGCGAUCCACACUCGACGAAUCCAUCGCCAUCCUCAAGACCACCAUCGAAUGGCGAGCUGAGAACAAGCCGGAGGAGAUGCGGCUGCAGAAGGCCAGCUUCGAGUCGGUGCUCAAGUCGGGCCUGGUCUACUGGCACAAGCACGACAAGCAGGGCCGGCCGUGCGUCGUGGUCUUCCCGCGCCAACACUUCCCCGGCAAGACCACCCUCGAGUGCACCUACCAGGCCUGCGUCUACUUCCUCGAAAGCGCCCGAAACAAGGUGAUAAACGAGGGAGGACCUUCGCAAUACGUGCUCAUCUACGACAUGAAGGACUUCUCGUUCACCAAGAACAUGGACGUGGAGGCCAUCCGAAAGCUUUCGAAGCUGCAGGACGUGUACCCCGAACUGCUCGGUGCCGCGUACCUCAUCAACACGCCGUGGCUCGUCAGCACCCUGAUGAAGCUCCUCUACGCCGUGAUGACCAAACAGACCAUGGCCAAGGUCAAGCUGCUGUCGGGCAACGGCAAGGAGGAGCUGAGGGAGUACUUUGACGAGGACUGCCUGCUGCCGGAGCACGGCGGCACGUCCGACUAUGUGUACCAGUACGACCCCAGCAGCGACGCCUAA